AACGAUAAGGUUGAAAGUUCGAAUAUCCAUCCCACAUCCCAACGAAGAUUGGCUAACAAUUUAACCAAAUUACAACAUCAACAUGUGAUAUUUUACGAAACCAACGCCCAAUUAAUCAGAAGUUGAAAACUAAAGAUGAAUGGAAUUAUAGUUGAUAAUCUGGUUUCUUAAAAAUUCUCUAUAAUUAAGGCUCUAAAAUUAUGGUUUGUGUGUUCUUAAUUACCCACCUCUCGUAGACAAACCGCCUUUCUUAUUCAAACCGCUUUCGCCCUUCAAUCUUCCCCCUUUUAAUUCUCUCUCUCUCUUCUCCCCAAAAAUCCAAAAGCCUGCAAAUAAACCCCUUCUCUUCGAAUCAUCCAAAUCUUUGCUUCAACCGCAAUCCCCAAUUUCUCUUCCUUGUUCGUCUCCUCAAAUCGGAGAUUCGGUUGCCGUCCUCAUCGGAACACCGGCGUCGAUGUGGCGCUCCUGGAACAAAUCCAUGGUUCAGAUUCCCGAUAAGGCCGCGCAAUCCCCGUCUUUCGCAUGCUCCUCUUUCAAAGACGUUCAAGAACUUUUCGCCGACGAAAGCCCUAAGCCCGCCGCCAGAAAGGCCGCAAUCGUCUUCCAGCGCGUCCGAUUCGUUAAUUCCUUGCUCAGAGCUUGGUCGAAUCUCCCGCAGGAGGGUCAAUCGCGCCUCCGAUUCCAGCCGGAACCCGAACCGGUCGUCAAAUUUCUAGACCCUAACCCUAAAUCGAACAAAUCGCCCCCGGUCACGGCGCCGACACGAUCCACCGCCGCCGCGCCUGUUUCGGACGAACGGAUUGUGGUUUACUUCACCAGCCUACGCGUGGUGAGGUCGACGUUCGAGGACUGCCGGGCCGUCCGCUCCAUACUUUGGGGGUUUCGCGUCUCGGUUGACGAACGAGAUCUGGCGAUGGAUUCGGGGUUUGUGGCCGAGCUACAGCGAAUAAUCGGGAAGAAGGAGUUGGCCUUGCCGGCGGUUUUCAUCGGCGGGGAGUACAUCGGCGGGGCGGAGGAAAUCAGGCAGCUCCACGAGACCGGCGAGCUGAAGAAGCUGAUUGAGGGGUUGCCGAAGGCGGAAUCCGGCGUGUGCGAGGCUUGCGUCGGCUACAGGUUCCUUCUGUGCGAUGAGUGCAACGGCAGCCACAAAUUGUUCACGGAGAAAACUGGGUUCAAGACGUGUACGGCAUGUAACGAGAACGGUCUGAUCAGGUGCCAUUCUUGCUCUUCUGCAACAUUCUGAUCCCUUCUCUUCGGUUAAUUUAAAGAAGAAAAUGGCGAAACAAAGAAAAAAAAAUCAUCCCAAAAAAGGAAUGAAAAAAGGGAAACUAAUUUUUAUUGACCAAUUUUUCCGUUCUUUCUUCUUUCUUUUCUGGGAUCAAGUUUUUUAUCAUUUUUGUACCUAAAAAGUAGCUUUUAACGAGUUUUUAGCUUCUUCUCCUUAUAAGCUCUGAGUAAUGAAGCUGCCGCCAUAGAAAUGCUCUGGUAAUAUUGUUAUCUGCAGAAAGCAAUCACAAAAAUGGCCUUUUCUUCUUUCAUUGUUUUUCUUCUUUGAAAAUGUUCAUCACUCAUCGUAUUGAUUAUUAGCUUAAAAGGGUCUAAUUAUAAUCAGCAGAUUUAGGAUUAAAAUUUCAAUGCCAUAGGGAUUGAGUUGGGGCUGGCUCUGAUCUGCGGUGGGAAGAUUAAUUUUAAUUUGCUUGUAGAACCAGAAAGAGCUACAGACAGUGGCAAAUAAUUGAUUCAUAAUUUGGGGGAAUUUAAAGGCCUUAUUGAUGUAUUUUAAAUACACAAAAGUUUUGGCCACAUAUUCCAUUUGUUAAGUGGUUUGUUUCUAUUGGGUUGUGCUUAUGAUCUUGAUGUGUGUGGAUUAAUUUAUGAACGAAGAUCAGUCCCAUCAAAGUAACUUAAAUUUAGAAACAUUACUUUAA